GUCACAGGUGUGCAGCUGCAACUGGUGCAGAUUAGCGUGCGAUUGGGGGCAUGCUGCGGUGCAUGAGAGAGGUAAGGCGAUUAGGAGCAUCUGAUUGCGCGUCGCUUUCCUAGGCGUGCCUCGUGUUCCCAGUUCGUUUGUCCACACUUCUUCGUGAAUGAUGAGUUUCUUAUGCAUUCCCUCCGGUUGCCGCACUGGCAGUAAAUCGGAGGAAGAGAUGUGGUGUAAAGACAAGGCGAGCAAUGGUGGAACUCUUCAUCAGCAGCGUCAUUCCCCUCCAGGCGUGUCGUUGAUGCCCCUGGAGCAGGAUCUUGGCCGUGACCGGCGUCAAGGCCCUGGUGCUCGCUCCUGUGCGGGCAAGAAUGGGAGGAGCCUCUCUCUCUUUGGUAAUCUCGAUUCCUCUGCUUGUGCGGUCGGAGGGGCAGUUUCGGCGGAUAAGGUGCCAGGGGGGAGGAGGAGAACCGGUGCGGUCACUGCCCGUCUAGCACCUCUGACGUAUCCCUUGCCUGCAGGGGCGACGCCUUCCUUUGAGAGCAUUCCGGAGUCCGAAGAAGACGCAUUUCUAGAGACUGCGGAUACGGCGAAUAGCAGUGGUGACAGGCAGGGUAAGGUCAACGUGUCGAGCAUUCCUGGCAUACGUACCCUCAGAGGGUCCUCAUCGUGCGCGGAAGCAGAUGAGAGCCGUUGCGCGCUAGCACCUGCGAAGCCCCUCAGGACAGUGGAGACUAGCGUAAUGUUAUUCCAGAGUGGGCUACCUGAUGCAUUAACGCCGGUUCCAACUACGUUGCCAUUUGUGCAGGAUGCGGUAGGGCAUCUGCCGUCUUGUUCGGGUAAUGCCAUGUAUUCUCCUAUAUUCGUCGAACUCUUCACAGCGCAAGGCUGCAGUUCUAGUCCUCGUGCGGAUCACAUCCUCUCGAGGCUAGGUAAAGUGCCAAUGUACGCCACAACGAAACCGCAGCAAGUGGCUGUUAUUCCCCUCGCGUAUCACGUUGACUACUGGGAUUGCCUUGGCUGGAAUGACCCUUUCGCGAGCCAGAAGUGGACGGCGAGGCAAAAGAAGUAUGCUGAGAAACUAUCUCAAAGAACCGUAUACACGCCUCAGCUCGUUGUUCAAGGGCAGAUGAAUUGUGUAGGGUCGAAGGCGGACGACGUUCAUAACCUAUUGCGAUGGGCACCACGUUACAUUGCCCCCGACAUUAAGAUCGACUCCAUGAGGGUGAAAGUUUCGAGCAUUAAAAUCACAAUGAGGGCGAGACUAUUAGCGGAUGUGGAGGGAGUUCAAGUCCUGCGAGUGAAGGUAGCCCUGUACGAAAAUGGUAACAUGACGUCGGUGACGGGAGGAGAGAAUGCGGAGAAGACUCUUUGGAAUGACCGCGUCGUACGCGGCAUGCAGCGCGCUUUCUCCAUCUUCGGAGUGGUUGACGGAACCUGCUCCAAAGGCACCGUGCGGUUCAAGACAUGGCCAGAGUUCAAGCAGCAACGGUGCGGCAUUGUUGUUUUUAUUCAAGAUCCGGUGACUAUGCGAGUCUAUGGCUGUCAGCAAUUCGCUAUUGAGAACCGGUGAUGACCGGAUGUCAGAACCCGUUGUCGUAACUGAGAGGGCAUCAAAGCGCAAACAACGGGGCUGCGGCACGGCCACGGUGCAGUACCAGUGGGGCCAUGAUGCAGUACCAGCGCGUGCUUGAUUUUCAGGCGUUCAUGGUUACGGUUCUUGUUUUGUUUUAUGGAUAGGGUGUGUACAUAGGUCCACGCCAUGUGCUGCGUUCUUUGCUCGAAAGCACAGGAUUGGUGAUGGGCGAUGGUGAGGUCCGUGCGAAGUGCAGGUAAGUGGCAUGUCGUAGGGUCCUCUUCGGUAGACGGGCACAGGUUGAUUAGGCGUCUUAACGCCGACAAUGGCGAGCCUUCGCCUCGUUGCGCCCCUCGAUCGUUGUUGAGAGAGAGAGAGAGAGAGAGAGAGAGAGAGAGAGAGAGAGAGAGAGAGAGAGAGAGAGAGAGAGAGAGNGAGAGAGAGAGAGAGAGAGAGAGAGAGAGAGAGAGAGAGAGAGAGAGAGAGAGAGAGAGAGAGGAUGAAUCAUCCUCGAAGAUAGUAAGGACCUCCGUGAGCUGACAUUGUGUGCCUGUGCCAGAUAGAAUUAGUGCCUGUGACGUUGCCUGUGGAGCACUUGGCAUUUGGCUGAGGUAUCCGCAGUAGCCAUCAUCAGACUCCAGGCACUAGGAUGAUGUGGUAGUCGCUUGUAGUGGUGGGGUUAUCCUCGUGUGUUGAACCAAUGUAAGCUGGUGACGUCUUUAGCGUACUCGGACAACAAUUUUCGUACAAUGGAGGGUGCAUAGAAUCUAUUCUGGGGCGAGGCGUCGGCUUUCGCUCGUUCUGACAUCGAGAGAGAUGUCGUAAUUUGCAGGUAGUGGGACUUCCUCCCUUUCGAACAGCUCGAGUCUUGGCCCGGGACACUUGUCAAGAAGGCUGCAGUGGUCCAUACGGUUGCAUUGCAACCUGUAUACCGCUCCCCUGAUUGAACCCAAGGAGCGACGUUGUCGAUUUCCUGGUCCAGACGAUGCCUGACAAUAGGAUGGUCCUAUUCGUUCGCUUUUACGCCCUUUCGUUUGUGCUACUGCCGAUGUUUGGCAGGAGAGUAGCCAUGUCGCCUGCGCCUCACUCUUUGUUUUUCUUUAUCGUCCUUUUUGUGAGACGAUAAGCGGGCUGCUGAGUUUUUUUUGGUCCAUUCUUUGUUUUUUUUGCAAUAUGAUGGAACUAGGCCCAUGGGAGGGUAUGCCCUCGUGUAACAUUAGCAUUGGUUAUGGAGGAAUAAGGCUCUACCUUGUCACAGGGCGAUUCCUCAAAUAUGCCCGGGACUGCAGGGUGACCACUGAUUCAGAGAUAUUGACGACAUGCAAAUGCUUAGGCGUCGAGGUAGGACAGCAUGCUGGUCUCUUCCGGGAUCCGAAGCAUCCAGGGAUGUAUGUCCAGUUCUCCUGGGAGGAUGUGGCCAAAAGGGGUGGGGCAAAGAGCCUGCCAAUCUGGAAUCAGUGUGGCCAAAGAGGCCAAAACUCAUGCGAAGAACGAGAUAGAGAUAGGUUCGUAGGUUUUUAUGUGAAUUGCCAGGCAACCAUACGUGGCAGUGCUAGAUAGAUGGGAAAGGGCAAGUUCACGUCUUGCGCGUUGGCAGGACUUGGUGGGGGAGGCUUUUUUUUUACGGAAGCCUGAACAUUUGGAAUGUGAGACAGGUUACUUUACCGCCGCGUUCUGCCAUUUGUUCUGCUGCAGAAUGAAUGCAGCAUCCCUCA